AUGUCCACUUUGGGAGAGGCUACUGCCAUCCGGCACACCGUAUCAGAGUACCACGUCUACCACGAAGGCGAAGAACAUGUUUGCCUCAUCCCAUUCCUAGAUAUAACUAAAGAAUUCGGAUACAAAAAAAGACACCACAAAUGGCUAGCAGAUGACUAUGCUUCUCGAAACCGAAGAUGCAACGAUUCUAACAGCUAUUUUAUCCAUCGCCCGGUGCUAGCUUUUCAUGACCCGCCACGAACAUUACUCAGGGGAAGCCAUAAGCUCGGAAAACCGAUCUGCAUCAUCAACAGCUCAGCUUUCUGGCGAGAUUGGAAUAUCCAAUUCGUUCCCAACCCCGAGAAAAUUAUUGACCGCCGAGGUGUGGUAAAAUGGGAACAUCGCACGAGACUGGAUAACAGGUCUACCAAAGACGAUCGCGUGCUGAAAGGAUAUAAAGUCCGGUCGUGGCGGAUCUGGGGCGAAACAGGAGCUGCAUACCACCGGAGUGUGAACGCGCGAAGGAAGGCCCUGCGAGAGGAAGGGAAGGAGGAGAACAUUACAUACGAGCCUGCAAUGGCAGAUGAAGCGGUACAUUUAAAGUGGACUUCACCGUUUACAAGCCCCCGACGAUAUUCUUUCACCUAUGGUGGUAUUGCAUUCUUUUGGGAGGGAACUCGUGAUCUUCCUGGUGAUGUUUGGUCCAAACGACUGAUGCCGCUUAACCACUUGAAACUUAUUGGACAGAUACCUGGGCGAGAAAAGAUAUUUUUGGCUCAUUAUCGGUCUGAUUUCUCGUCUAAAAAGUUUGGACGGUUAUUGGUGUUUGAUUCAGCGAUUUCGAGGCUUCUAGAGGAGUCGGGUAAUACUGCCUUGGGAAUGAGCCAGGAUGUGGGGGAGAACGAGAACCCUUUCGUGGCUGAGCAUACACAGCCUGAGAGGGGCGUGAAGAAUACUAAGCUAUAUGACUUGGUCAUGGCGACGUCUAUGUGUAUGGUUAUUGGUGAAUGGCAGAAACGCUUGACGAUUUGGUUUGUCGUUGUGAUGCUUGUGCAGACUGGAAAUGGCAUGACUCUUGCAGGUGGAGGUGGCUAG